GCCACGUGUCAGGCUUUUCACGUACUGCAAUGGGGAAAGAGUCAGGUUCAGUUCAACAGCCUUGAACACGAAGUGCUGUGAAAAUGCCUGUCUCCGGGAAGCAUCGAGAGGAUUCUAGCGAUCUGGAACACGCAGAUGCGAUCGGGUAUGAUGCAGAAGGUCCUUAACAAAUCUGGAAUACACAGAUGCAAGGCCUCUUGAAGUGUGUGUUUGGUGAUGAAGUGAAGUCAGUGUCAGUGAUGGAGGGUGAAUCUGUUACUCUACACACUAAUAUUACUGAAAUACAGACAGAAGAUGAGAUCGAGUGGAGGUUUGAAAAGAUCCGCAUCGCCAGAAUCAAGAGAUCAGUCAACAUCAACCCUAGAUAUGAAGAUAAAAAUAAUAAGACUCAGAGAUUCAGAGACAGACUGAUGAUGAACAAUCAGAAUGGAGAUCUCACCAUCAUAAACAUCAGACCUGAACACUCUGGACUUUAUCAACUUUUUAAUGCAGAUAAAGCAGUCAAGAGUUUCAGUGUCAUGGCUUAUGCUCCUUUGCCAAUUCCUGUCAUUACCAGCGUCAAAUCACAGUGUUCAAGUUCAAAAUGUGUGUUGUUGUGUUCAGUGAUGAAUGUGAGAGAUGUGAGUCUGUCCUGGUAUAAAGGAAACAGUUUAUUGUCCAUCAUCAGUGUGUCUGAUCUCAACAUCAGACUCUCUCUACCUCUGGAGGUGGAAUAUCAGGAUACAAACACAUACAGCUGUGUAGUGAACAAUCACAUCAGCAACCAGACAAAACAUUUCUGUCUUGCUGAUCUCUGUCAGCCAUGUUCAGGUCAGCAGUACCCUGUUUGGCUAAUUGCCGUCAUUUAUGGGAUAUGUAAGGCUAUUGUGUUGGCUUUGAUUUUUUUGUUUUAUAAAAUCAAAUCCAGAAGAGAUAAACAGAGGCGAAAAUCACAAACAUCAUCAGCAUCAUCUGAUAAAUGAGCUUCUAAAGCAACAAUCAAGUCAUUUUCUUCACCAUUGUCACAGUCACCUCAAUGGAUUAGUCACACAUACUGUAUCCUAUCACAUCAUCAAGGACUCAAUGUAAGUAAGAGAUGAUGUACUGGCAGCCGGCUGUUAUCGCAGAAUAAACUCCCUGACAGUGUGAUCAAAACUCAACACGAACCUGAGGGACAAACUAGACAUUAAAUAAAAAUUUGUAUCAUACAUGUUGUAAAUAAUACUGAAAUCUUCCACUGCAAAUAGUAGUUGUCAAGUGUUUUACUCACAAGAUGGCGCUAAAUAGGAAUUUAUGUUGGAGUGAUGUGAUAUUAAACAAACUAGUAGUACCUUUCAAAAUGACCAUUUGUUAUUAAUUUUGAGCAGUUAUCAGGGAAUAAUUGAGCUUGAAAUAUCAUGACUAGCCAAUCAGCAAGCUGUGUAAUAAUCAGCACUAUUGCUGACUCAAUUAUCACUCCCGAAUGUAUAUGAAAAUAUAGGGCUCUGCUGUGUUAGCCAGGGCUCCUUUUGCACCCACCUUUAUUACCAACAUGAUCUCACACUCACAAAGGUCACGGCUCUCUUGCCUCUGAACUGCUUUGAUGUUUUACCCCUGUUGUACUUUUUACACCUUUUUUUGUAGAUGCAUGCAGAAUAGUUAAAAGUAUUUAGACCCUGUGAGAUAAGUAUUUCAAAUUUUAACACACCAUUAUAAUAAGAAAAUUGCAAAUAAAGAAAUUCCAAAAUACAAGUAAGCCAUGG